AAGGUUAUAAAGUGACACCAGAGACAAAAUUUCAAAAAGAGCCUUUAAAAUCUUUGAUGAAAAAGGAAGUCCCGGAUGGACUGUUUUUCGCUGCAGUCACAAAGUUUGCAGCGAAUUGUGGGGAUAACUCGCAUUGCAAGUUUGGAAAGAUACUGAUGGGCAAAGAUUCCUGGUUAAAAUUUCAUGGUGGCGUAAACAAAGCAGGUGUCAAAGUCAACGCAGGAGUUUAUGGUAUACCCAUAAAGGGGGAUCUGAAGUUUAACAAAGUUGAACUGUUUAUAGAGGUUAAAUUUGGUACUGCACCUGUCGCCCCUAAAGUGGGCUUUGCUGUCGAAUUAGACGUACCUGUGGAAGGCGAAGUGAGCGAUAAAGAAGAAAAAAUGCCGAGCACAUCUCUUCAACUUGGAGGGAAGCUUUUCGUCACUGGGGCAGCUGAGAUAGGAACAACUCUGUAUAUGAACGGAAUGUGGAAAAAAGCAUUUGGUUUAAGUUUCCUUAGCAUUGGAAACAUACAGAUUGGCCUAACAAUUUCACUUGCCACCGGAAUUCCGACUGAAUUUACCUUCAACGGCCGCCUAGAGAUUGGGCACGACUGCCAAGGGAAGGACGAUUUCAAAGCGGAUGGUCCUUGUUUCUCCGGGGAGGCCCUAGUAGGAAUAAGCGCAAACCCUGCUGGCCAGUAUAUAUACGGAGAAUUAUCUCCUGUUACUAUCGGGAAAAUAUUAAGAAUGCUAGGAUCUAAACUGCAGCUACCUCCACCUGUUUUGGAGAGCGGUUUUCCUAAAGGUUUAAUAAUUUCUGCAGCGUGGAAAGAUCAGAAAGUUCCCUACGCUGGAGCAACAAAAGAGAUAAAGAAAGGUGUUUUCAUCAAAGGCACCAUCAAUAUUUUGGGAUUCGCGCCUUCUGUCGAAAUAUUACUCAGUAACGAGCAAAUCAAGUUUGACCUGGAGUUAGACCCUGUUAAGUUACUGGGUAACGUGCAACUAGUGCGCUCCAUAGCAGACAAAAAAAAAGGACCAAAGUUUUAUGUUCACGCUAAGCGGAAGCCACUUCAAGCUGAGAUUUACAUUCAAGGAGCCGUGGUUAUCUUUGGGAACGAAUUAGAAAUUAUGUUCAAAUUCACAACGGAACGCAUUGAGUCAGAAGUGGCUGUAAGCCUCUUUAACGUUUUCAAGGCGAGAGUCGCUAUCGCGGCAGGCUACGGAAACCCGUUUGCUAAUACCGGUUUUACCGCCAAGUUUACCAUAGAAACCGGUUUUGACCAGCUUUCGAAAAAGACUUCUGAGGUUUUGGUAGCUGCUCUGCAGGCGGCAAGAAAAGCUUUGGAAAAAGCUCAAGUGACAGUGAAAGAAGCCAAACUUGCCUGCGAGAGAAAAGCAGGUAGUUUCUGCAACAUCUGUGAAAAACUGGCAUGCGAUGAAAUUACCGAGGAAUGCAAGCACGCUAUGGACAAGUUUAAGCACUAUGUGGGAGAAAAAAUUGACAAGUUCGGUCGAAAAAUCAAAAGCAUUGGGGAGAAAUUCGAAUCUACUUUCAAAAAAGAGAAAACAAAACGCUACAUGGAUCUGCUGACAGAUGGAAUGAACUGCGCAGCUAAGUUGAAACAGAGUAGUGACCACACAGCCGAGUAUUCAAACCACGCCCAUUCAGAGACGCGUUGCCAUGCCAGUCGCUAUGGGAACUCCACUCAUUAUCGGUCAACUAGGCGCAAGAGGUUUGUGGGUAAAAUGAUGUGCGAGAAGCUAGCUAAGAAGGCUUGUACGAUGGCAAAAGAUUUGUGUAAAGGCUCCUGUAAUGUUGUCGGCCACAUUACCAAAGGAAUGUGCCAGGCGCUCGACCUUGCCGUUUACGGUCUUCACGUGCUGGAACAAAAAGCGUACUGGGCCGAGCAAGCUGUCGUAAAAGCGGCUAAGAAUAUGCUUGUUGUUCACUCGUUAUCAUUCGAGACUCACCUAACAUCCACUCCUCUUGAUUCUACCGUGUCUCUUGGGGCUGAUGUUAGCAUUUUUGGCUCUAGGGGGCAGUUUAAACUAGAAUUUAAUCUGGCUGAUCCCCUAAAGAAUGUUCAUAAACUGGCAGACACAGCUCUGGAGUUCUUUAAGAAGCUGUUUAGUCCUCGACCUUCCAAGGAUGUUUAUGAUAAGCCAGCAGAAGAAUCUGAUUUCGAAUUUUCAGGUGAAUUCCGAAUCCAGAUGAAUGGCACGAAGGAUUGCUUGUCUACUCCUGCUAGCGCAAAAGUUGGUUCUCCUGUGACUUUGGGCUCCUGUGAUGGGGAUGUGUCCCAGUGGGUAUUUACACUCACAGGAGGAUUGAUGAAUGUCAAGUCUGGUCUGUGUGCAGCUAUGGGUUCAGAUCAAGGUCAAGCUCUUGUGUUACAGCAAGCUUGUGACGUCACCUCUGAGGAGCAGAAGUUCACUUGCAACGGCACUAAGAUUACACCUGUGAAGGAUUCUGGAUUGUGCGUGACGGGAUCUGCGGGAAAAACAGGAUCAGGUGUAGUAGAAGCCAAGUUGCUCAAGUGUGACGACAAAACCGUGAAGGAUGAGCAGGCCUGGAUGAUAUAUGAUGAUCCUAGGGCCCUCUCGGUUUGCGACAAACAUGUUCCUGACAUUGCUCUUGGAAAGCCCGCCCUGCAAUCCAGUUUGAUGUCCGUUGAUGAGUUACAAAGUGAGUCCAAAGGCAAGAAAGUAAACAUUCCUGGGGUGGGCCCAGAACUGGCUGUGGAUGGUAACAUGGCUACAGAACCUUCUGCAGGCUCCUGCUCGAUUACGGCCAUUGAAGUUGACCCAUGGUGGAAAGUGGAUCUGCAGAGCGAGCACAUUGUUACAGAUGUGAAUGUAGUCAGCUCAUCUGGCAAUUUCUCGAGUCCAUUGUCAAAUUUUGAAGUUCGCGUCGGAAUCCUGAAAGAUCACAAACAGAAUCCAAUGUGCGGGGACCAAGUCCGACAGCUGGCGGAGGGGGAGGUCUGGACAGCAGAGUGCAAGGUGCCGAUCCCAGGUCAAUACGUCUCUGUCAGUAUGGUAGGCAAAGGAUACUUGGCGAUAUGUGAAGUGGCAGUUUUCGCGAGAUUAGAUGAUAAGGGAAAGUGCAGCUCAGAACUAAGCCGAAAGAGAGAUGAAAUAACUUACUUUUCUCCUGAGGAUAUGAUCACAAACUGGAACAGAUUCUAAGGAAUAACAACCAAACCAUCUCAAGAACUUGUGCAGUGUUUUCCAGUUUCCUUCAUCUUCCAUUAAAUAUGGCAUUUACCUUAAUCUGUUUAAGUUUUGUUUUUAUCUGCCUUGCAAAAAGACACAGACGACGGUUUGGUACCUUGCUCAUCACAAAACAAACCACAAAACGCAAAUUGCAUC